UCCAAGGAAUAGCGUCACAUAUCUCUGAUGAGCCUGCUGAGCCCUGACUUAAAUGCUUCUGGAUUACUGUUAAACAGCUCAUUUACCUUAAAAGGAUUUUUCUUAUGUCAGUUUUUUCAUCAUAAGCACCGGAACAGUUCUGAAUCGCUUUAAUAUCGCUAGAUCAGAGUGAACGACCUGAUCGGGAAAAAGCUCACGGGACAAGCAUCUUCUUGUUUGGAAACGAAGUCGACUGAAAACAAGGCUAAUAUGGGAAAUACGGGUGGGAGAAACGAAGCAUGCUCGACAGAGGCUGACCUGAUUUGGUUAGCAAAGCAGGAGAAGAAUGCAGACUCUCAGAGGUCUCAUAUCUCUACAUUCACCAUGAAGCUUAUGGAUAAGUUCCACUCGCCUAAGAUCAAGCGGACUCCAUCCAAGAAGGGCAAACAGAGUGCUCCCGAACCGGCCAUCAAGAGCACCGAGAAACCUGUUAACAAGAAGGUGAGCCGGCUGGAGGAGCAGGAGAAAGAGGUUGUGAGUGCACUGAGAUACUUUAAGACCAUCGUCGACAAGAUGUCGGUGGACACCAAAGUGCUCCAGAUGCUGCCUGGCUCCGCUAGCAAAGUCCUAGAGGCCAUUCUUCCCCUCAUGCAAGUGGAGGCAAGGAUCCAACACAGCUCUGCCGUAUCAUCCUGUCAUAAUCGUGUUUAUCAGAGUUUGGCGAAUCUCAUUCGCUGGGCCGACCAAGUGAUGCUGGAGGGCAUCGACCUAGAUGACAAAGAAACCGUAGCGACUGUUACUGCAGUGAUAAAGGCUGUGCUGGAUGGAGUAAAGGAGUUGGUGAAACUCACCAUAGAAAAACAUGAGCAGCCAUCCCCAACGUCACCUAGUAAGCCAGCGCCCCUUGUGGCCAAAGCAGAGAGCAUGUGCGAGAUGCCCCUAACUGAGCGGGAAAAGGAGAUCCUUAGCAAGACCAUGCCCACGGAUAGCUUGACGAACAUCUCGGAAGAGGAAGUAGCGCCACCCAAACCUCCUUUACCAGGGUCGAAGUUAGCAGAACACAGGAGCAGGAUGCAGUCGUGCUUCAGUCCUGUGGUGACAGAAAUCCCACCUGCUCUGCCCCCGAAGAAGCGUCAGUCCACCUCCUCACCCACACGUAUAGCCGUGGUAGCACCCAUGAGUAGAACAAACUGUGGCCUCAACCUGCAGCAGGGAGCUCUCAAACAGCAGCAGGAGUAUGACGUAGAACUACUACAGAGGCGCUUCUCUGGUGGCAGCCAGUCAUACGGUGGGGAUUCACCUCGCCUCUCGCCCUGCAGCAUUAUGGGGAAACUGAGCAAAUCAGAUGAGCAGCUUUCCUCACUGGAGAGGGACAGCGGCCAAUGCUCGCGCAACACUAGCUGUGAGACGCUUGAUAACACUGAAGGGUACGACCCCGACUAUGACUUCCUUCAUCAGGACCUCUCAGUGUCUGAGCCAUUGCCAUUUCCCACGGUUUCCAACAGCUGCCUGAGCCCCCUCCCAGAAUGCCUCAGUGAGACCCCCGUGACGUCUCCUGGCCCAGCACAACCCCGCUUCAGUGCCCCCGUAGUCCCAGUCAGCGCUGUGGGAGCAUCCAACGGAGAACGGCCCCCUGCACUUCCACAGAAAAAGAGGCGCUCUGCUCCCAUCCUGUCAACCUGCCAGCUAUCUGAAUUCCGCCCCUCUGAUGAAGAAACACCCACUUCACUGGCCACACCCACUUUUACCAACGGCACUGAACUGUCUUCCCAAAGCGACAGCCCUCCACCUCUACCAGAAAAGAAGAGCAGAACGAGUAAGAUUCUCCAGUACAUGCAGUUUGUGGAGGAUUACUCAGAGCCACAGCCAUCCGUCUUCUAUCAGACUCCUCAGAGCGAGCGAAUCUACGAACAGCGCCGGAACAAACGAUUCCAAGAGGUUUAUGGGUCCAACGACAGCUAUGAGACUCCGCCCCCUCCAGCCCUGCCACCCAAACAGCGACAGCUGGCAUCUCACUCUUCCUCUCCUUCUUCAUCUUCCUCCUCUUCUCUUUCACUCCUCCCUCCCUCCGCUGGUGUUCCGGAGGAGGCGGAGUCUGCUAUUGGCCUCAGCCUUUCUGUGUCUAACUCCUUCCUUAGUGGCCACGCCUCUUUAACCACACCCACGAGUGAGAGUGCAAACGAUGAAGGCGUAGAAGGAGAAGGAGAGUAUGUGAACCUGUACUCUACCUCACAGGCUAAUGGAGACAGCACACACCACUCAGACCCUCUCGCACACUGUGAUGUAAUUCAUGACUCCACUGCUCACAUACCACCACCCAAGGAAGGAAGCAAGGAAGCUUUGUCCAAAGAGAGGUUGAAGUCAACAGACUCGAGCCAUUUCAAAGAGGAGGUUGAUGAGCUUUCUCUCGUUGAUCACAAAGAGAUCAUGAGUCGCAUCACUCUAAAAGCCGAGGGGGAUGAUGGCCCUGAUGUCAGAGCCGGCUCAAGCGAUAUUCUCUUAGUACAUGCUACAGAGACGGAUCGCAAAGAUCUGGUGUUAUACUGUGAAGCUUUUCUAACUACAUACAGAACCUUCAUCACGCCUGAAGACCUCAUCAAAAAACUACAUUACAGAUACACUCAUUUCUGCCAUAGUCCAGAUACAUUUAAGAAGCGUGUCAGUAAGAAUACUUUCUUCGUGCUGGUGCGAGUGGUGGAUGAACUCUGCGUGGUGGAGUUGACGGAGGACAUCCUCAGGCAGCUGAUGGAUCUCGUGUUCCGGCUGGUAUGUAACGGCGAGCUGAGUCUGGCUCGUGUCCUUCGCAAAAACAUUCUGGAUAAAGUGGAACAGAAGAGGAUGCUGCAGCACACACACAUCCUCCAGCCGCUAGCAGCACGAGGGGUCUCGGCCAGGCCAGGCACACUGCAUGACUUUCGCAGCCAUGAGAUCGCUGAUCAGCUUACACUUCUGGAUGCAGAGCUCUUUUACAAGAUUGAGAUACCAGAGGUCCUUUUGUGGGCGAAGGAGCAGAAUGAGGAGAAGAGUCCUAAUUUGACUCAGUUUACAGAGCACUUUAACAACAUGAGCUACUGGGUGCGCUCAAUAAUCAUACAGCAGGAGAAAGCUCAGGACAGAGAGAAACUUCUGCUCAAGUUCAUCAAGAUCAUGAAGCACUUGAGGAAGUUGAACAACUUUAACUCGUACCUGGCCAUCCUGUCAGCUUUGGACUCUGCACCAAUCAGGAGGCUUGAGUGGCAGAAGCAGACAUCUGAGGGGUUGGAGGAGUACUGUACUUUGAUUGAUAGUUCAUCCUCCUUCCGAGCUUACAGAGCAGCAUUGGCUGAUGUGGAGCCUCCCUGCAUCCCUUACCUCGGGUUGAUCCUGCAGGACCUGACCUUCGUACAUCUGGGCAAUCCAGACCUGAUUGAUGGGAAAGUAAACUUCUCCAAGCGCUGGCAACAGUUCAACAUCCUGGACAGCAUGAGGCGCUUCCAACAAGUACACUACGAGCUGAAGAGGAACGAUGACAUCGUGGCGUUCUUCAACGACUUCAGCGACCACCUGGCCGAGGAGGCAUUGUGGGAGCUUUCACUGAAGAUCAAGCCACGCAACAUCACACGGCGCCGGACUGAGCGUGACGAGAAAACCUAGAGCGAGCAAAACGCCUCUAGAAACUUUUACAGACAGCACAGAGGGAGUGAUGGGAAACCUGGAGUUUUCAGUGAUGGGAGAAAAAAAACACAUGCAAGAUUUUAAUGAACAGAGUGGAGCAAAGGCAAUAUUUCCCCAAGAGAUGAGUAAUAUACUAAUAUAUGCAUACAUAUACACACACACACACACACACACACACUGGAAGACUUCUUGUAUAUUUGUGUGCGAAUGUGUGUGUGUGUGAGAGAGAGAGAGACACACACAGAGAGAAAUAUAGAAGCGCUUGCUUGUUCUCAAUCACUGUGUCUACAUCAGUGAUGAACACUAAAGAGGCUCAUCAGAAGGUUGGGGUUACCCAUAAUGCCCCACUGCUGGGACUUCCUGUUCAGUAUAAAGCAGGGUCGAAUGGAAAAGAAAACAUGCAAAGUGUGUGUGUAUGUGUGGCCCUCCCUUAUUUGCCAUGUUUGUGGAGUAGUUACUCCAGCUCCAUCACGAACACACUCCGGACUCGUGUUGCCAGGCAACAGACUUACAGUGACAUUUGAGUGUUUUUGUUUUUUUUAACUCUCCUUUUUUUGCCAUCAUCUGUGUGUGAUAUAUUGUAUAUUAUAAUAAGCGUAUAAUGAUGUACAGGUGCGUAUUCUCCUCAUAUAUAUAUAAAUAAGAGAUCUGUUUCUUUUUAUUUUAAAGUAAAUUUAUGCACUAAAAAAGAAACAAAAAGCAAAAACACAAGGACUGAACAUGCUGUGAUCUCUGUAUAUGUGUCGGUAUGGGUGUGCGCUUGCAAGAAUGUUUGCAACUUGCAAGUGAUGUUAAGAGAAUAGUUCUUUGGGGGGGUGUGUGCGUGUGUGUCUGUGUGUUCAUGUGAACACACACAUGCAGGCAUGUCUGACUGUGUCACUUCUGUUUACUGACUCCUGGGAAUUACUUUUGUUAUGCUCACCACAUAUUGUGCUUUUCUCCCUGAAUAAAACUACACUUUCUAUA